UUUUUUUUUUUUUUUUUUUUUUUUUUUUUUUUUUUUUUUCUAAUUGUAAAUCCAUAUUAGCGGAUGUUAUUUUUUCUAAGCGUGAAGUGUGAAGCCUUAUCAGACCAGAGUCCAUCCGCCUCCUGCGAACAGACCACUCGCCGGCCGUCCCCCUAACACCAUUCUAGUCUCCAAAUCUCUUCGACACUGAGCCUCAUGUCAAUCAGAUUCAUUGGUCGCUGCCGUAUUUCCCGUUCCAUAACGAAUCCAUCCGUUCGCCACCAUGUCCGGUGUUUGAUACACCAGAAUCAUUUCCCAGACAUAAGACAUGUUCACACGAAUUCCAAUCCGAUUGCUCGUUACCGUUAUCUUAACCAAAAACCUGUAUUUCUGCAACAUACUAUUCAUUCAUUAAACUCACAUGUCCGAUUAGCGACCAACUCUGCUGUCGAGAUGACAACAGAUAAAGGCAGUGUCAGGUUUUGUAUAGAUAAACAGGUUAACGGCUUGCAAGAGAGAGAAAAGAAACAAAGGCGGAUUCAAGUGUCUAAGAAGGCUAAACUUAACGAACUCAGGUUUUAUCGAUUAAAGGCGAAGAAAAAGAUGAGAUCCCCGAAUCCAGAAGUCAGGAUUUUAUACAGGCUUGGAAAGGCCAAAAGAAAGGAAGAAUGGUUAAUUGAAAAGCUAAGAAAAUUCGAGGUACGAAAAGCCGCAGCCGAAGUAUACGACCCCGAAAGCUUAACAGAGGAGGAGAAGUUCUAUCUUAAACGAACCGGUGAGAAAAAGAAACAUUACGUUCCAGUUGGGAGACGCGGUGUAUUUGGCGGGGUGGUUCUUAAUAUGCACCUUCAUUGGAAGAACCAUGAGACCGUUAAGGUUGUUUGCAAACCUUGUAAACCUGGACAAAUUCACGAUUACGCUGAUGAGCUCACUCGACUAAGUAAAGGCAUUGUGAUUGACAUUAAGCCUAAUAAUGUCAUCAUCUUUUAUCGUGGAAAAAAUUAUGUGCAACCCGAGAUUAUGUCACCUCCAGACACCCUAUCAAAAGCCAAGGCCUUAGAAAAAUACAAAUAUGAACAGUCACUUGAGCAUACGAGUGAGUUCAUCGAGAAACUGGAGAAUGAGCUCGAAGAGUAUUAUAAGCACAAGUCACGGUUCAGUAAGGAGAAAGAAAACUCACCCAAGGAAUAAAUGGAGGAUGGAUGUUAUAUGGUUUGUUCGAUCUUUACGAGUUUUAUUCUUACGGCUGAAGAAUACAAACAGUAACAGAAAAUCAAGAGGUCGGAUUUUUGUGACUCUUCACACAUGACAUAGGUACCUGAGUACAUAAAAUGAAGACAGAUGUUUGCAUGAUUACAUUACAAACACGAAACCUUAAACUAUAAACCCAGAACCUCUUCACAACUUAUGGAAAUCUCCUUUCACAUUUUAGGGGGUUUGGAUUACUUGAAUCCGGUCAUCUUUAACUACGGGUAACAAGUUAGUUUCUUUAAGAGGCUGGUGAUGGAGGCGGUCGGAGAAGAUGAGAGGAGAGGGCGCCGGGCACUGGCGGUGCAUGUUGGUAGCUCGGGGGGUGCCCAACCCCUCUCGAUUUUUCACUCGUAGUGUUAACUUUACCGGAUUAUUUGUUGUAGUGUAAAAAGAAUAAAUAAAAGCAAUGAUCUUGUUGAUGUUAAGCUCGCUUUUGUUAAAGAUUGGUUAUUUAUGUUUCA